UAUUGUUUUUAUGAGUAACUUCCUGACCCGUUUUAGUACAGGUCUGUAGUAAUUAUACACAUUGGACAUGAUUAUGUUUCUUCUAGCCUGUUAUGCCAUUUUCCUAACAACAAUUUUUGGUUCUGAUGUGAGCGUCCAGGAGAGAAAUGACUGGUACACUGCAAACCACACCUGUACUGAGAACUUGUCAGGUAGACUUCUCUCCGGGUUAGACGUGACUAUGGACCCAGCAUUGAGGGACAUCACCACACCUAACUCAACAUAUUACUGGUCCAAUAAAAUGGCCACCAUUACGGAUUUCAUACAGUAUGAAGGUUGUUUUAAUUCUUCCGAGCUUCAUGCACAAAAACAGCUGGUACCAUCAUCUCUAAAUCCAAUCCCAUCCUGCUUUGAAUAUUGUAACAAAAUGAAUAUAUCUCGGAUAGGAGUAACGACAAAAGACAUGAUGAAUGUUUAUUGUAUAUGCGUGGGAGAUGAGAAACUUAAUCAAGAGAACAUCAGCAAUUGCUACAUUCCUUGUUCAAGUGAUUUCAUGAAUACUUGUGGCAGUGAGGACGUAAUAUCAGUGUAUUUUAGACAACACUUUGAUGCACAAAAUCCCACAGAAAUGUCAGAUUGUGUUGCUAUUACAUCGAAUGACAAUGGUUUUUCAUUGAGUAUUGAUGAUUGCAUGAAAACCAACGAUGGAUACAUUUGCAAAAUUUGUGAAGAGGACAAAUGCUCUGCAAAGAUUUUCAUGGAAAAAUUAACAUGGCAGGACGCACAGAAAGCAUGUGAAAGGCAAGGUGGAUACCUGGGUAAUAUAGGAACCUCGCGGAAUAAAACAAUUUGGACUGGUUAUAAAAGGUGGAUGCUGGAAGAAGAAUAUUCAGUUUUUCCAAGAUUGUGCCUCUUGUGUACAUACAAAAAUGGAACUGCAAAUUGUAUCUACGGCAACUGUUCGGAUCAACAUGAAUCAUUAUGUGUGACUGAAUCUGAACAGCUACUAGGAGUUGAUUGGUUCGAUGCAGAGAGGAAUUGUGAAACUAACAGUUCCAGACUAUUGACAGAGAGGGAAUUUUCAGAAAAGGUCCUUACAGAUGAUAUGUUUACUUCACAUUCGUUCUGGAUAUAUGGCGUUGCAGCAUACACACCUUGGGCUAGAAACAUAGGUUGUUGUGACAUCUCAAAUAUAUCAUACAUAUCGUCAUUCAGCAGUAAGCAAAAUUCGGUUCUGCAAUGCAUGGAAUUCUGUAAAGACACUCCCUAUCUUGGACUAACUAAAGAAAAUACAACAAUUGACAAAUGUUUUUGUAUAGAAAAUAUUGAUACACUGUCCUCGUCUUUCACGAACUCCAGUGAUUGUGGAAUGAAUUGUCAUGGAGAAUACACAGACUUAUGUGGAGGGCACGAUCGCUUGAUUGUGUAUGAAAUAGAUAGAAAUAGUGUAGCUGACGGGAUGUAUAAAACAUCGGUGGAAUGUAUGUGCCUGAUAAAGCAUCAAGACUAUAUGAGCAUGCACUCCGGUGAUUGUCUUAUGGAGGCUACCGGUUAUAUAUGUGAAACAUGUGAAACUGGUAAGGAGAAUUGCACACAAGAUGCUUACCUUGGUAUGUUGGAUUGGUAUGAAGCUGCUGAGGAAUGCCGGGAAAAGGGCGGGAAUCUUGGAAACAUGAAGUUUUCAGAUUAUAGUAGUCUUUCAGAGGGUGCUUACUGGUAUGGAAACAGACGAUGGCUGAAAGAAGCGGAUCCACAGAGAGCAAAAAAGUCUGACACAGAAGGUUGCUUAAGCUGCAGAGCUAAAAAUGGCAGUCCAGACUGCGUGUACAGUCAAUGCAGUGAAAAUUUACAUGCACUAUGCGCAGAAGUAAAUUCAACAGAAGCUACCACUCAUGAAAAGUCAACAGUCCAUAACCAUAAAUUAAUGACAACGAUAAAAUAUGACACUGAAUCUACCGGAGGUGUGAGUUUGAUAAUUUUUCCGACACUGGGUUCAGAUAAACAGGACCAAGGGAAGGCUGAAUUCCAAACCGAGCAUGACGAUCUCAACGCCAACGUUAUCGCCGUGGUUGUGGCCUUGUUGGUAAUAUGUGGUGUGGUGGUCAUGUUGAUCAUUACAAAAUUACGGAAGAAUGAAAAAGUGACAUCAGAUGUUACAGACCUAAUAGAUACGAAAAAUGGGCCAACCAAAUUCUCCUUUCUAAAGGAAAACGACAGUAGACCAUCAUCAUUUAGUCACGUGACAGUUGAAAGGCAGAGGAGUUUCUCUAAUCCCAGCUUUAUGGAUCAUGAUGUGGACAUUUUAGCCAAAAGUUUAGACAAUGAACCAAACCAUCAAGAUGUUGAUCAAACUAAUUAGUGAAAAAUUAUGCUCUCUCUCUCUCUCUCUCUCUCUCUCUCAAACAAAAAUGAACAAAAUUUUGAAAGAGGAUUCAUACAAGAUAAUCAUACUGUCUUGACAAAUACUUAAUAUAGACUGCCAUUAUGAUUUUUUUUUCAUUUAUUGGUUAUUAAUGUAGAAGAUAAUUCUUUAUUGCAUAACAUACAUGUGUAAAUUCAAAUAGGGAAACAAUUGCAAAAUUAUUAAAUAUUUUGUUGAUCUAUUUACCAUCAAGUUUCUGUAUUAAACAUAAGCACCAUGCACUGCAGUACGUGGAAUUAGCAAUAGAUGGUAUAUUGCAAUUACUCUUUAAUGUUACUUUUAAAGUAUGCUUGUCUUGUUACAUAAUAUGCGGAUGAUAUGUGAAGGAAUUAGCACAUUAUGUAACAAAAAUAAAGAUUUUUUUUAUUA